AGUUUGUGGAAAAAUGGCAGCUGUGAAACUUGCAAAACUGUUAUCCUCUUCUGCCGUGGUAUAUUCUUUCCGCGACCUAUUUGUUUGAAGUGCUGUUGCUACUACAACAAUGGAUGAAUCAAAGGAAGCUACCAUACCUAGCUUGUUGAGCAGUGAUACCCAGGAGGGUUCCAACCCCCUUAAUCUAGAGAAAGAGCUGAGUGACUUCCGUUGUCAGUGGCAACAGGAGAUAAAGAAGGGGUCACCGAGGGGUAGACAUCAUGUCAAUGAUGAACAGGGAGACCACUUUAUAGUAGAACAGGCCAAGGUCUUGUUUAUGAAGGGCUCACAGCUGGAACAGUCUGGAAGAUUAUAUGAAGCUGUUGAGUUUUACAAGAGAGCAACCCAGCUUGUCCCAGAUAUUGAGUUUCAGAUUGACUUCACAUCAUUCCACAGUCCCAGAGAGAGACAAGAGAGCGAGAGUUCAGUUGGAAGUGUGGAGAAUGAGGACAUUGAGGAUAACUUGGUGGGGUACCUACAGAAUCUACAGCUAUCUGAGGAAGUCAACCAUAGAAAGUCCUGUUACCCAGAGUAUGAACAAAGGAUGACCCACAUUUCUGUGUUACCAGUAGAACUCCUGAACUACAUCCUACGCUGGGUCGUCUCUGUAGACCUGGACAUGAAGUCCCUGGAAAAUUUCUCCGAGGUGUGUCGGGGUUUUUAUCUUGCCGCUAGGGAUGAGGGAAUUUGGCGGUCAGCCUGUUUGAAAGCCUACGGGGCCAGUACUGGAAAGUGUAAGAAGUACGGGGGCUGGAGGAACAUGUUUAUUCAGCGACCACAUCUCUUGUUUAAUGGGGUUUACAUCAGUAAGCUGUCUUAUGUCAGAGCUGGAGAGAAGAGUUUAACAAUAUAUAGUUGAUACAUCAGAUUGUUCCCAGAUGGUGUAAUAAUGAUACUGACCAGCCCCGAUGAUCCACAUAACGUGAUUCCCAAACUGAAGAUGAAGUCUUCCAAGGACCCAGGGAUGUUAAAGGGCGUGUAUAAACUGAGUGGGGACAGGGUGUCUGCCGCGUUGAAGAGAGUGAGGAAUAAGGACCAGUCUAUUCCGUAUUACAAGAAAAAUCAGCGUCAGCGAAACCAGAACGACAUGGAAAUGACAUUCCACGUGGAAUUGGAGCUGUGUAAUGUGGGCAGAAAAAGCUUUGUCAAGCUUGAAUGGAUUGAAUAUUCUGUCACCACCAGAUAUCUGAUGACUGGUCAGGAGAACACAUCUAGCCUGCUGGAUGGGAAAGGUUAUCCUCCAUUGAUUUUCUCCCGCGUCAGAAGUUACACAUCUACAUCAGAGACCCCCCUGCUUUAGUCCACCUUACCAAGAUACCCAGAACAACGACUCACACGUAACUGUUGAAAAUCUGUCGUUAUUGAUGCAAGAAUAAGUAACUUAUUAUUUUAUUGAUUUGCUAUGAAUUUUGUUUUGAUGCUUUGUUUUAUGUCUUGAUUUGUUUUAACAGAUCUAACAGUAUUUAUAUUGCACUUUGAAGUUUGUGAUUUAUGGAUGUAUUUUUUUCCUCUUUGAAUAUUUUAUCAUUCCUUUAAUCAAAUGAGGUGUACUAAUAGUUGGUUAAUCAUGUAUUUAUUAAUUUUUUUUGAAUAUUUUUUUAUUAAUUCAAUUCUGAAAUUCCAUGUACUCUUUGUGGGUUUAUUAUGAUGUAAAACAGCCGAAGCAUAUACUUGUAUACUGUACUCUAGAAUACCUUUGUAGAUUUAAGGUUUUUGUGCAAUGGUUAUGUGCCAUGAAUAAAAUGCUUUCUAAUUUUUGGUAAUUUUAAAAUUGAAAAUGUCUCUUUGUCUUGUCUGAACAUGACCAGAACUACAUGUAACAAAGAUUACAAUGUGACUGAUUGUUUUGUUUUAAUUAGUUUGUAUUUGUUGUAAACCUUUAUGUACAAUGUAUUACAGUCCGCCUUCCCCAGGCUUAUGAGAGACUGUGUUAAUUGUGAAUUAGUUGUGAUUAUUACAUACACAAACACACAAACCCUUAGAUAUGUGAUUAGAAACGGGGUUAUAAAUCUCUGAUUUUUAAAGUGAGUUUAUUUUAUUUUUUAACUUUUUGACCAGGUAGUCAAAGUAGCACAUGUACAGAUUGAGGAUUUUAGUGUUUGUAUUAUGUCCCCAUUUUAGAGAAACAGAAGUAGAAAAAUGUUGACAACCACAUGUAUACAACAGUGAAUAUAUAAAGCAAAUAGCUUCAUGUUAGUUAGCCUGGAGAGGUAAUUUAUUUAUUACUGGCAUUUUAUUGACACCAAAAAUACUCACCAUGUGAAAUAACAUACUGGGAUUAUUGGAGAAAGUCUAAACUAUUUUGAAAAGUGAAAUAAAAACAUAUCAGUUGCACUCCCCGUCUCUCAAAUUAUGCGAGGUGCUCUUUUUUCCAGGUGAUUUUUUUAAAAACUUUUUUCUACUGUAGCAUUUGGCAGUUAUCUUUGGAUAAAAGACAAUCAAAAUUAAGGUAUAUAUGUAUGUAAAUAAUACACAUAAAAAAAAAUAACUGAAAUAUGAGUACCAAUGUAAAUAUUACUUAAUGUAACUUUGGAAUGAUAAAACCUACUGAAUAUGAACUUGAAAAUAGGUGAUUUCUUGUUA